AUGAUAUUUCUCGAUCGUAUUUCUGAAAAUGAAGUCACAGAUUCAUUGAGCGACAAUGAGUUCAGGGUAUUUGAAGAUUUGACCAAUAGAGAAACAUAUGAAGCAGCCACAUCUGCGAGUAACAUAAAUACUCCAUCCCAGCUCCACAGACAACAAGAGAGCAUAGAAAAUAGUAAUGAUACUCCCAGAUGGAAUCAAAAGAGGAGAAAUAAACGGAAAUCUGAUCAAUUGAAUUUUGAAAAUGAAUUAAUAACGAUAUUGAAUCAAAAUACUCCCACUUCCAACCUAAGUCCUGAUGAUUUAUCAUUUUUUGAGUCUCUUGCUCCAAUUUUAAAUAAUUUAAGUGCUUAUCAAAAGCUGCAACUUCGCUCAAAGGUUAUAGGAUUAGUCAUGGAGAUUUCACCUCCAACGACUUCCACACCUUGCUUUUUGUCACCACCGGAAAAUAAUGUUAAUUCCAAUAAUGAACAUGAACAACUCUAUGAACCUGCAGUAGAUUAUCCAAAUGAUACGUCCCCAACUGACGACAAUAAUUUCCCCAACAACGGUUUCAUGACGUAA